UGAACGUGUAAAUGACCUUUUAUGUUACAAAUGCGAUACAAUGGAAGAUGGAGAAAAAUGUGCUGAUUUGUCGGAAAACAAUACUUCCCUUAUGCAAAAAUGUGCAAAUGAUAAAAGAAUAUGUAUGAGUGAUUGAAAAUGGCAGAAAACACGCACGCAUUUGUUCAAUAUUACUCGGAUAAAUCGACAGAUAUAGUCGAGAUUGGACAAUUUGAGAAUUGCAAUGUCGUAACAGGAAAAAAAGCUCAAGUGAAAUGGUUCAACGAUCAAACGAAAAAAAAUGAACACUACACGGCCUAUAUUCAUUUUCUAGGAACGAGUGAAGCUGACAUUGAAAGACAAAUUCAAGAAUUUGAAGAUACUGGAAAUAGGUUGAAGUUGCCAACUUCAAGAACUGUUCUAUCUUUGGGCGGCAACGUUAGCGAUGAUGAUUUACAUUUAAAAGAGAAGAAAGCAAAAAUUUCAGCGGCAAAAACUAGAGUUAAAGAUGAAAUCUUGAACGAGUACUAUAAGAAUAAUACAUUGUUAAAAGACAGAAAAAAGCUUAGUCUUGAUGACGAGAUAGAAGAGGAAACUGAACGUGAAGAUAAUGAAAAAUCUAAUACUCAAGAAGAUAAUAUUCAGAAAUCUAAGGAGAUUAGUUUGGACAGUCAUCAUGAACCUGCUAAUAGCAAAAGAUUAAAAGUCAAUCACCCAGUAAUAACAUCAAAUGUUUUGAUUUCUUGCGGAAACAAUGCUAUACCUGGAACAAGUAAACACAAAAAUAAAGAAUCUAUAAUGAGUCAAGAUAAGAAUCCACAAUCUGAAGUCGGCCAAAAAAAAAAUGAAGUACUUGCAAUGCGUCAAGGUGAAAAUGCUGACUCUGGAAUCAGUCGUAACAUAAAUCCAGAACUUGAAAUGGAUCAUCGCGAAAAUGCAGAACAUGCAAUAGGUCAGGACGAAAAUGAAGAACCACGAAUAAAUCAAAAUGCAAAUGCUGAGCAUCAAAUUAAUGGAAGACCUCAUGCAGUUAGGAGAAUAAAAUUGAACAAAUAUGAUGUCUACAAUAAUCAGACGUAUCUUGGUGGAGGAAUAAUGAUUUUAACCGAAGAUUGGAAUGAUAUUAAACGUUCAAGAAGUAAUGGAUGCUUUAUAAUAAAUUUAGCACUUUGUAUUUGGGGCGACGAUUUAAAAAAUAUGUGCUUGGAUGAAACAAGGGCUGGUCCCCGCGAUGAAGAACAAGUUCAAGUUCGGACACAAAUUCCAAACAAAAUGAUUAGGGCCAUGGAAGAAGUGUAUAAAGAUAGACUAAUAAAACAAGGAGCAAAAGGACAGAAAAAAUUAAAGGAAUUGGUUGGUAGAGUAAGGAAGACCUUAACGUCGAAAAUAAACGACCUGAAUAAACCUAAAAAUAGAAGAGAGAGAAUUCCUGAUGAUGAGAGUGAUGAAGAGGAUGGCCUUGUCGAAGAAUAAAUUACAAGCCUCGAACUAAGUACCUAAAUUAAGGAAAAGUACUUAAUUUUAAAAAGAGUACGUAAAAGUACUUAAAUUUGACCAAAACUAUUUAAAGUACGUAAUUUACACUAAAAGUACUUAAAUUACGUAGUUUUUAUUUAAAAAAAAGUUUUUGAUAUAUCUAUUUUUUAAGACUAUUUAUUUAUAUAUAUAUAUAUAUAUAUAUAGUAAUUAAAAAUCAGGAAAAAGGGGUAAAUUCAAUUAUAUCUUAAAACACGGUAAAUUAUAUAAGUCUCCUAUGUAUGAAAUCAUUAGAGUUAAUUUUUCAGUGUAAAAUAGAAAAUAAUUGUUUAAUAUUUGAGUAAAAUUUACGGUUUUUAAAAAUUUCAUUAUAAGUUUUUAAACAAAAUUUUAUCAUUGUUUUUCAAAGUGUUGCUUAUAUUAUAAAAAUUAAAUUUUUAACAUAAGCUGACUAAAAAUGUUACUUUAAUAUUAAAAUUAUUUUUAAAACUCAUAAAAAUAGGUAUUUUAAAUAAAAUACAUAAACUUGCUGCAGAAACUAUAUCACUAAAUACAUUUUUAAAUUACAAAUCAUCAUUUUGAAUAAUAAAAGUAAAAAAUCUUGGUACGUAAAUUAGUCCCCAUUUUCUCCUCUUUUGUUACUUAAGGUACCUAAUUUUUAAUGCCAAAGCGAGUUUAAGGCCUGAAAUUAUCGUCGAAGAAAUAGGUAACCAAAAAUAUAGGUGCUCUCGUUUUAAAGAAAAUGUUUUCGGUUAGAAAUUUGUUUCCAUUAUCAAUGGUCUCAUAUACUACAAUGUUUUUUCGGUAUUUUAUUAACACGUUCGCAUAGAAAAAUGUCGUUAUUUUUAUUUAAAGACAAAAUUUUUCCAAAAAUUUUACAAAUAAGGUGAAUGUCCCAAUUUGGGAACACUGAAUAUGGAAAGCUUUUAUAGUUAUAAAAAUUUUAUCUAUUACAAAUAUACACGAAAUUAAAUAAAACAAAAUUUGCAACAUUAUUUUAAGGUGACUUUCGUUUUAAUUUGCAUUUAUGUAAAAACUGUCCACAUAUUUUUUCAUGUUCCCAAAUUGGGACAUUUACCUUACUGUGUAAUAUAAAUUCUGUAUAUAAAUUGGUGUAUAAAAUAGGAAAAUUGAAGCAGCGCCAAAUAUUAAUAAUACUUUGUAAUAUUUAAGUAGUGUUUAUGAAUUCAGAAAAUAACUUUUCAGCGUUUGUUUAUAAAGUUUUAUUUAAUAAUUUAAGUUUGUAUUUUGUUUUGUAAAUCAAAAAAAGUGAUGUAAAUUUAAUUUAAUUUUAUUUCUCUCAAGUGAUAAAAUAUGUUAAAAUUGUCUAGUAUAUAAGAAAAGCACAUAAUAGCUGCUGAAAGUAAAAUCUUUUUAAUGUCAGUUAAUAAAUGUAAUGUGAUUUAAAUAAGCUGCAGUCGAAUGUACCUACAUAAAAUUAUUUUAUUACUGCAAUAUUGUUUUCGAUGAUAAAAAUAAAAAUAAAAUUAAAAGUAUGUAAUUUCAUUA